CCACUCACGCGCCCUGCUACAGCAGACCACACACUGUUCAGUCUCGUUGUCCAAGACACCAAGGGCAUUUAUUUGCUUUUCAUGUGCCAAAAUAUACCCUUUAAAUCAACUCAAAACAGAAAAACGAAUUCGGCUGUCGUCCUGUUUCACUGAAAUGGCGUGGCUUGGUGGAUUUGGGAGAUUAUGCGCAGUUUUUCUGGCCAUUUUUAGCUUUUCUUUUCAAGUUGCUUCCAGUCAGCUGGUGGUCUCUCCUGUCGGUCAUACUCUGGUGAAUGCUUUAGCUGGCAGCGAUGUGACUCUGGCUGUGUCCUUCACCGGGGCCGAUGACCCAACUGUUACCUGGCUCAUGGGAGACUUACCUGUCGUCACAUGGACUAUUGGCUCUGAUGUCCCCCCAGACAUAGACGAAGACAGAAAGAAGGUGCUGAACAUUGAGCCAAAGGGAUCCCUUACCUUUGUCAAUGUGACACUUGGAUAUACCAGUAACUACACGUUUGAAAUGACAAAAUCUGGACUGGCCAAAUCCGUGACUUCUUUCACUUUGGAAGUAUUUGAAAGAAUCCAGAAUGUGAUUCUGACACAGCCUGAAUUUGCCAUAGAGGGACCUAAACCGUUCUCCCUUCAGUACAGCAUGCUGCAGGGAGUGGUCCAGCAACAGAUGUGGUUAUUCAAUGAUAUAGAAAUAAAUUCCAACUCGCAGUACACAGUGCAGGAGAGGAGCCUUGUGAUCCACGGGCCAAACCGAAAAGACACAGGACGGUACACGGUGUUCCUGAAGAACCCCUUCAGCACUGUGACAACUCACAUAAACGUCACUGUGCUGUAUGGACCAGAAAAACCAAUACUGGAGGCUCUUCCAGCUCAGCCUUUCUAUUUAUCAGGAGAUACGCUGAGCGUUUCCUGCAAAGCUGAAGGGUUCCCACUGCCGACUGCCAAGUGGGACUUCGGUAGUCAGAUUCCUGAUCAACUCAACGGAGUCUUAAAUCUAACAAAUGUGCAGACCAAUCAAACAGGCACUUAUACAUGCACGCUGGUCACUGAGCAGUCUAAAGAAAAGCUUCAAAUGAACAUCCUUUUAAAAGUUUAUGAGAGACCGUCAGGCAACCCGAUGUGCUCGGCGCAGUCGGUAAAUAACGUCAAUCUGCAGUACUACUGUAUGUGGCCGGGGGGAACCCCACAGGCCGUGCUUUCUUUCCCAACACUGAGCAACACCAGCAGCGGAGCGGAGACCUUCAGCCUGACCUUCAACGCCUCAGAUAACCUCAAUGGGAAAACUGUCACGUGCAUGGCAGACCACCCAGUGGAACAGAAUCAGUGCAGCGUGACUGCAAGUAGUCCAAUAAAGUUCCUGCCUUUUGUGAGGACUAGAGUUUCCUCUGACGGCAAAAUAGUGGUCACCAUCGAGUGUGUGAGUGAGGCCUCGCCUGAAGCUGUGGUGUCCUGGUCCCAAGGCAGCGAGACCGUCGCCGCGGGAACAACAUACCAGAUCAGCAGCAAUGCCACACAGCUCCAGAUUCGGGAUUACAAUGUCAGCAACUUCAUCCUCCAGAACUACACCUGCACCUGCAGCAACCCACUGGGCAGCCAGAGGAGGGAAGUUCACUUACAAGGACCAUCCAUCUCAGAUUUCAGUUUGUUCGGUAAUCUCAACGGCACCAUCGUCACGUUGACCUGGGAGGUCCCGCCUACCUCUGUCGUUACAGGCUUUGACAUCCAAAUGAAAGGACCAUCCCUUCCGAACAAAAGUCGUACCGGCACCCAGAAGAGAGGCAGUGCAGAUGUUUUUCAAACCAUCCAGCAGAAACCUGGCUCUGUCAGGAGUGUGGACGUCUUUUUCCUCGAUCCCAGCUUGACGUACAGAUUUCGAGUCAUCCCUAAAGCUCUUAUGACGGAAGGAGAGCCGUCUAAGGUCCAGAGAAUUGGUCCAGGGGAAGGGCUGAGUAGAGCUGCCAUCGCGGGCAUCGCAGCUGGAAUCCCCUGCAGUCUGCUCUUCAUCAUCCUGCUGGGCAUCGCCAUUUACUUCUGUUUCCACUCAAACAAGAACAAAAGUCGGCAGACAAGAUAUCCAGUGUCCAGAGCAGUUGAGAAGGCAAUAACAACCCAAACAGAAACGACUCCUCAUAUCCUGCUGACAGGAGGACUGAAGUCUCCCCCUGACUACAACAGAUUAAACCUGACUCCCUCUGAGAGAUCGAUGGCUCUCCCCACAUUUGUCCCUCCAGCUCCUGUCAGAGUUGCUACAACUGUCUGAUGUCUAUAUUAUUUUUUAACUAUAUUUUAUAUCUAUUUUUUAUUGUAUGAUAUUUGUUUCUAUAUUUUAAUUACUCGAAUCGAUCUUAUAUUUAUUUCAGUGAAUAUUCUGUGUUUUGUUCUACAUUCCUGUAUAAUCUGCCAAACUCACAUUAAUUUUUAAUUUAUGUAUUCAUAAUAAAUCUAAGUAUACACCA